GCAUAGAAGUAGUCAAAGAAGGUAUACGUAAGUUAAGGUUUAGCCAACAGUUGAAGAAAAGUGAGAGCGGUGCCAAAACAAGGAAGGUGGAGCUUACCAUUAGCGUUGAUGGGGUAGCCAUACAAGAACCUAGGACACACAAUAUAUUACAUCAAUUCCCUUUGCACAGGAUAUCGUAUUGUGCCGACGACAAAGGAGAGAAAAAGUUUUUCUCUUUCAUAGCGAAACAGCCCAAUCAAGUUGAUAAUGAUGCAGAGGAAACCCACGAAUGCUUUGUCUUCAUCUCCGACAAACUGGCUGAAGAAAUAACGUUAACAAUCGGCCAAGCUUUCGAGUUGGCCUACAAAAGAUUUUUGGAAACUUCUGGAAAGGAUCUUGAAUCUCAGCGCAGGGCCAUGAUCACCCAGCAGAAAAUAAAAAGACUGGAACAAGAAAACAACAUCUACAAACAGAGGUUGUUAGAUAUUUCGAAUAUAACCAAUGUCAAACAAGAGUUAGAGCAGUAUUUGCGAAAAAAUGAGCUGAAGAACAUUUUGGAAAUUAAGUCUUCGAAUGGUGAAAGUAUUGUUAAGUCUCCUGUUCAGAGGAAUGGCAGUAUAAAAGAACUUUUAGAUCUGACUUCAGAUAACACUAGUAAUGGAAAUGCUCCGCCAGUACCACCAAGAACGUUCGACUACACACCUGCUGUUGGAACUAAGCUAGAAGGCUUACUUUUCAAUGAGCUGGACCCAGAUGAUGAUUUCAAUCCAAGAUCGUAUGAAAAUAACCACCUCGAAGUUCAAGUUUCGAAUAAUAAUGGAACAGAAUCCAAUCCACCAUUGAUUGCACCCCCUCCAAAAGCUCCAAGACGUAUUAACUUGAAUAUAUCCAAUGAUAACAAUGAAUCGAUAAGCAAGGCUGGACAAGAUUUAUUUGGAAACAAACCAUUUAGCCCCAAUGCUGAUUCAACAAUUUCCACAAGCAGUUUGAAUAGCGGUAAAAUUUUGGAUCCCUUUGAAAUGGGAGACUUUGCCACAACACCUACGUCCCAAGAUAUUGAGAAUGCAAUUGGCUUAUUGGACAGGAGGUUAAUGGAAAUGAAGACCGGAUUCAGUCGUGGCAUCAGCUUUGGUAAUGAUGAUUUCUCAUUGGAGAGUCUGGAUCCUCUGAAAAACUGAUGGGUGCCGCUCGUCUGAUCUGCGAAUAGUCAAAUUUAAUGCAAUAUUUGGUCUUGUCUUUGAUGUGACAAUAAACUUCGUGAUUUUCUAACUAGGUCAAAAUAUAAUGUAUUGUUAUAUUUUUAUACAUAAAUUGUAAUCGUUAAGGUAAUCUAUUUUCAUUCAAGUAUUAUAUUUCAGAUUAUUAUUCUACUUUAUUUUGUUAUGUAUAUUAUAUAUUUUCGAUUUCUUAAUAAACCUAUUUUUUGCACUAGUG